GAAGAACCACAAUAACCUCUGAUAAAAAUGCAUAUAUCAACAAUGCCCUUCCUCCACCACACCACCACCUCCUUCGCCUCCUACCAUUCCGAUCGUCUCCAAUCCCUGGGAUCGCCGUCGUCAUUUUCCGGUUUUGUCUAUUCCGUUAUUUUAUUCCUUUCUCGGACGCCUCUUGAAGUUUCGGUAUGGAGCCGAUGGACAUAGUUGGAAAGUCUAAAGAGGACGCCUCGCUUCCAAAGGCGACUAUGACCAAGAUUAUCAAAGAGAUGUUGCCCCCUGAUGUACGGGUUGCAAGAGACGCUCAAGAUCUUCUGAUUGAGUGUUGUGUGGAGUUUAUAAACCUUGUAUCAUCAGAGUCUAAUGAAGUUUGUAGCAAAGAAGAAAAAAGAACAAUUGCACCUGAACACGUGCUCAAGGCUCUUGAGGUGCUUGGUUUUAGUGAAUACAUUGAGGAAGUUUAUGCUGCAUAUGAACAACACAGGAUCGAAACUAUGAAACUUCUGCAGCAAGACUCAUUGAAAGGAGGAAAGUGGAGUAAUGGAGCUGAGAUGACCGAAGAAGAAGCUUUGGCUGAGCAACAAAGAAUGUUUGCCGAGGCACGUGCAAGAAUGAACGGCAGUAAUACUGCACCGAAGCAACCGGAGCCUGAGCAAAGUUUAGAGAGCUAAUUUUAGGAUCUUUAUUUUCUUCAACCAUAGGCAAGAUUCCUUGACCCCCUUCCAUUUGUGCCUCAAAUAUGCCUUGUGCAUAUGUACAAAAAAGAAAUGAUUAACCUAGCUACUGGGCUCUGUGAAGAUGCAUUGUAAUAUAUAUCCAUAUUUGCGGAUCCAUGUUUAGUUAUUAAUACAAGUAGUGACUGUUUAAAUC